CGCUUGGGACUCUAGCUGCUCGGCCGGGGCUUGGGCGGGGGCGCCGCGAGGCCUAAUACAUAUUCACCCGCCUUCUCUGCAUAGAUUCUGGACCAUCACAAAACAGCCUGCCCCAUGGAUCUCUCAGAGGCUUCCUAUAGCUCACUGAACCCAGCCCAGGCUCCUGUGGUGAGUGCCUCCUUGCCUAUUCCUGCUAUCGUCUUCAUCACUGUGGUUGUCUACUUGCUGCUGCUUGGCCUGGUGCUGCUGGCCAGACGUUAUUUGGUGGAGCAGGAUUGCUGUCUGUCCGACUGCAGAGGGUCCUGCAGGAAGGAAGAUGCCCCUGGUCCCUUUGAGUGUUGCCAUGGCUAUGCUGAAGCCUGUGACUUCCCUCUGCCCAGUCCAGCCCGAUGCCUGGAUGCCUGCUGUCCCCAGCCCAUGGAAGCUGGUUGGGCUCCCCAGUGCCCCAGAUGCUGUCCAUUGUGUGACUGUGCCUGUGCCUGCCAGCUUCCUGAGUGCCAAAGCCUCAAUUGCCUUUGUUUUGAAAUCAAGCUCAGAUGAGAGUCAUUUGCUCAAGAUAUUGG